AACAGCCGCAGCUGUGUUAGCUCCGUUAGCUCAGAGGCUAACAAGGCACUGUUUAGCGAUUAAUAUCUGUGAUCAGAAAUGGCUGGAGCUGACGGAGAAAGUCUGAUUAAAGUCAUUAUUGGUGAAAUAGUGCAGAAAUGUUCGCUGAGGGGACAGAAUGUGUCCGAAACUUUGGUGGCGUUCAUGGUGAAAGCUGUUGUAAUGGAUCCAAGAAACAGGUUCAACCCUGAACAGACACUGACCAACCAAGACAUCCAAAGACUUGAAGAGGUGUGCCUGGAUAAGCUGAUGGAAAAAUGCAGCCCCUCCCUCAGUACGAUCAAAAUGCAGGUGUACUUUGAUACAAAUUACCUGCCACGACGAGAGUUUCUGGAGGAAAAGCGACGUCUUCUGGAGUCCAGGCUGAGUGCAGUGACCAGAGACAUUACCGACAGCAAGGCGAGAACGCAAGAUCAGUUACAAGCUCUCUAUGCCAAAAUCAUCUCUUACAUCCUGGUGCACUCAGGCACGGACUCGCCCGGUGCCCACAUUGCCAUGCAGGAGGCUGCAGCCGCCCUGCAGAGCGUCUUUCCUGCAUCUGAACUCGGGGCCUUUGUGAUGCUCUUAAAGAAGGAGAAGGAACAGAAGCUCCGUGAGCUCGCCAUGAUCGUCACGGGCAUCCGACUCUUCAACAACGUCAGCAAGAGGACAGAAGACCAGCUCCAACUCCACCAUCUCAUGCCUGAAGGUCUUAAUGAGGCUCUUCGGGGUCAGACUAAACGUCUAGAGGAUGACCUGAGUGUGUCGCAGCGUUUGGUGUGGAAAUACACGACUGUGCUGGAGAAACUAAUGGAGCCUGGCAGUCAAAGUGCAGGGCGUAACGUGCCUGUUGUCCUGCUCAUACAGGCUCUUUAUAACGUCACACAGCAUCGAGUUUACCUCCAAGUCCUACAGGCCAAUGCCCAUUUUUGUGCAAAUCAAGUUGAGAUUCUGCAGACUGAGCUGGUGUCACGGAUGAAGCUCCUGAAGGAAACAGUGCAGCCAAAGAGAGCUGCACCCGCAGCAGCAGUUUUUCCACUUUUCAAAGCCGUAUCACAGCUUUGGUCUGGACUUAAAGAUGAAGCUGACCUCCUGACGUUCCUCGCUGACCUCGCAGUGAACCUGCAGCCUUUCAUCACCUCUCAGGCCAAACUUUUCUCUGAAGCCUUUCUGUCUGACCUGCUGGGGGCAUCACAGGUGAAGACAGAUGAGCAGCGAAUGACAAAGACCACAGAUGAACGCAUGAAUCCAGCUGAGAUGGAACAGGAGUGGCUUCUGCCUGAGACAGGACGUGGCUUUAACCAGCUUCCAUUGCAGUACGGCGGAUUCUGUGGCUACACGCUGGUCAGCACAGACGGAAUUCUGCUGCCAGGUAAUCCUCACAUUGGAGUGCUGAAGCACAAGGACAAACUUUACGCUUUCAGCUCCAAAGACGCUGCUGUGAAAUUUGCCUCCAGGCCUGAUGACUUCAUCGCGGCAGUGGAAGAAAAAGCCAAAUGCUCCCCAGAACUGAUCCAGCUGCUGAGGCUCCAACAGUUUUCCAGCAUCGUGCCGUACUGUGAGAUGCAGUCAGCAGAGAAUCCGGCAGAGACGGGCACCGUGAAGGCAGAGACGGGCACACAAACAGAGACUCACCCAGUGGAAACAAACAUCGUGAAGUCCUACGAGUGGAACGAGUGGGAGCUCAGAAGACGAGCUGUGAAACUGGCUAACCUCCGAACCAAGGCGACCCACUCCACACAGACUGACGUGAGCCACAUGAGACGGGAGAACGUUACUCAGACCUUCCCCCACAAGGACGCCGCCUGUCAGAGUAAGGUGGACGGCGGCAGCAGCAUGCCCAGACCUCAGGUCUACCUGAGUGGUCUGCGUGGACAAAAAGAUGAACAUAUGGUCAAAACAAACCUGACCAGAUCAGCCAUUGAAUGAGCUGUGUGUGAAAUACAUCCCCAUAAUGAGUCGCUUUAAAUAAAAAUCUAAAAGUAAAAACCA